AUGAAGGAAAACAGCAACAGUCAGAUGGAGUGGAGAGUUAAGUUGGGUUGUGGGAAUAGAAUUAGAUUUUGGCAAGAUUGUUGGGUUGGUGAAGAUCUGUUGAUGAAUCGUUUUAGUGGCCUUUAUGUUAUUUCCAGAAAUCAACAUGACUUGGUCUUUUGCAUGUUUGAUUUGGAUCUUAAUUGCUUUAGCAGCUCUAAGUUUGUGUGGAAGAGAAGGUUAAGAAUUGGGGAGCAGCAGCUUUUUGACGAUCUUCUGCAGCUGUUGGAGUCGAUGCGCUGCUACCCAAGGCCGGAUCGUUUUAUGUGGGUAAAUUCUGAACUGUUCACACCGUCGGGGUUCAGAAAACAGAUGGGGUCUUCGUUGGCUAUUGUUCAUAGUCGGGCUGAUCUCAUGGGUCGAGUGUGGAAGACCGCAAUUCCCCCUCGAAUUCAAUUCUUCUUUUGGCUUCUUGCUAGAGAUCGUAUUUCUUCAAAAGCUAAUUUAUUAAGGAUUGGGAUGUUAUCGCGGAAUCAAUCACUUUGCUCUUUAUGCUUACUAGAGGAGACUAGUAUGCAUAUCAUUCUUCAUUGUCAGUAUGCUUGGAGUGCUUGGUCUUUCAUUUUGGAAUUAGCUAAUAUUGCUUGGGUAGUUCCUGCUUCUCUUGACGAUUUCUUUUUUCAAUGGUACUUUAUUGUUAAAAAGAAAUAUCGUUCUCUUUGGCAACUGAUUUGGUUCUUCACCAUCUGGGAGUUUUGGAAGGCGAGGAACAGGAAGCUUUUUCAGGACGAGUUAUUGGAUUUCAAGUCUCUUGUUUACAGCAGCAUUUGCAAGGCAGUGGAGUUUUACAAAUCUCACAAUAAAGGUUUUAGUUACUCGGGUAAUGAUGUUUUUAGAAGUCUUGACUAUUUCUGUAACAAUUCUAUUAGUUUGUAA